AUGAUAUCGGACCUUCUACAGCGUUUGGCGAGCUUCCUCGACCGGCCGCUUUUCCCCUGGAAGAAGCUUAUCAUCGGCUUUUCACUUGGAGAAUUUGCUCUCGAAAAUUGGUUGUUGUACCGACAAUAUCGCGUUCUUAGCCGAAAUACCCGUCCUAAAGCCCUUUCAGAGGAAGUCUCACAAGAAACAUAUGAGAAGAGCCAGAAAUAUGGACGCGCCAAGGCUCAAUACGGCUUCAUCUCCUCCAUUUUCCAGCAAGCCAAGAACCUAGCCACGAUACAUUUCGACCUUUUCCCGAAAGUAUGGGCCAUCACCGGUCUUCUACUCGUUAAUUACUUUCCCGUCCGCCUGCAUGGCGAAGUCACGCACUCCCUAGUCUUCAUAUUUGCGAUGAGCUUCUUCGACUUGCUCUUCAAUCUGCCGUUUUCAUACUACCAUACGUUCGUCUUGGAAGAGUCAUUCGGGUUCAAUAAAACUACUAUGAAUACUUGGGUUGCAGACAUCUUCAAGGGGCAGGCUCUCAGUAUUGCGUUCGGUGUCCCAUUGGGCGCAGCAUUUCUGAAGAUUAUCCAAAAGACCGGCCAAAGCUUCUUCUACUAUCUCUGGGUCUUCAUGCUUGUGGUUCAGGUCUCGGCCAUCACGGUUUAUCCGAUCCUUAUCGUUCCGAUAUUCAACAAACUUACCCCUCUCAAGCCUGGUCCUCUCAAGCAGUCUGUUGAGGCACUCGCAUCGAAGCUCAAGUUCCCUCUUGGAGAGCUUCAGGUUAUUGAUGGUAGCAAGCGUAGUGCACACAGCAAUGCAUAUUUCACGGGCAUGCCCUGGAAGAAGCGAAUCGUUAUAUACGAUACCCUCUUGGAAAAGAGCUCUGAUCAAGAAGUUACUGCUGUUCUUGCACACGAACUCGGGCACUGGCAAAUGGGGCACACAAGCAAACUCUUGAUUAUCAGUCAAGUCCAUACCUUCUAUCUAUUCGCCCUUUUCUCCGCCUUCGUCAAUAAUACCUCCGUCUACCAAUCUUUUGGAUUCUACAAGGAACAGCCCAUCAUCAUCGGUUUCCUGCUGUUUAGUUCGAUCCUAUCACCGACGGAUUCAGUCAUCAAGCUGCUCAUGAAUAUGCUGACCAGGAGCAUGGAGUAUGAGGCUGAUGCCUUCGCCGUCAAGCUCGGAUAUACCACCGAAUUGGCUGCGUCCUUGAUCAAGCUUCAGAUUACGAAUCUGUCAAGUAUGGACGCUGAUUGGAUGUACUCGAGCUUCCACUACUCGCACCCGAUCUUGACCGAGCGGUUGAGAGCCAUGGGCUGGACUGGUGAGAAUGGGCCAGUGUCGAAAGACUCGGAUCAGGUGCGGGCGGAGAAGGCAUCUGGAAGGGAACUGUGA